UUUUCCGCACCCUUCAACUUUCAUACCCAUUAACUCAUUAACAGCCUCUGAAGCAACUAGCAACCUAAACACAGACCAAAACAAAGCGGCAGACAACACCAAAAAUGGGUUACAACAAAUCUAGAAAAUUCAAAAACCAUCAUUCACAACCUCAAUCCAGUCGAGCACAUCAACCAAAUCAUGAAGAUGAAUCACUUCCUGCUGACCCAGAAUCUGAAGAAGAGUCACCAAUGGUAUCUAAAAUUCAGCUAGCUAUGUGGGAUUUUGGGCAAUGUGAUGUUAAAAGAUGUACAGGGCGCAAACUUGCUAGAUUCGGGUUCUUGAAAGAGUUAAAAGUAGGAAAUGGUUUUGGAGGCAUUGCAUUAAGUCCUGUUGGACAGCAAUGCAUCUCAAAGGAAGAUUCAGACCUGAUAACAAGGAAAGGUUUGGCUGUUGUAGAUUGUUCUUGGGCGCGAUUGGAUGAUGUACCUUUUACAAAGCUACGAUGUCCUGCUCCCCGUCUAUUACCAUGGUUGGUAGCUGUGAAUCCAGUAAAUUAUGGUCGACCCUGCGAGUUAUCUUGUGUGGAGGCUUUAUCUGCGGGUCUAAUUAUAUGUGGUGAGGUAGAAAAUGGCGAGUUGUUGCUAAGCAAGUUCAAGUGGGGCCAUGCUUUCUUGUCCCUCAACAGGGAGGGCCUUGACAAUAGAGAUAAGCCAAUGUUCGUAAUCAUGGGUCUAGAAGCUUGCUACAAACAUAUAACAGUUGGUUAUGUAUACAUAACCACUCAGCGAUACAAUUAUAUAGGAGCAUGGAUUUGCACAGACCUUGCUAUCUUUUAA